AUAAAUCCCAAAUUGUUCCGUUGCACAACGCAAUAUUGGAUAAAACUUUUGCCCAAAUUUUUACUUAAAUUUAAUGGAUAAAAAUCAGAAAUCAAUUUUCAGGAAUGAGUAGAUUAUACCAUUAGACACCAUGCAAAUAUACUUUUGAGCAAUUUACUCUUAUAUAAAAACCCCGGAAUCUGAUUCGUCUACUUUAUAUUCAUAUUCAUGCCAUUCGCUCACCAUAAUUCACGCAAAGUUGCUCAGUUCUUCUUUGCAAAUCAAUCCGUGUUUGAUCUACGCCGAGACGAGGUAAUCAGAUUCUUCAACCAACUUACAAUUUACAGUCAAUGGACACAUGCAUACACAUUGUCAAAAUCAAUUGAAUCUUAGUCCUAUUGUGUUCACUAAUCUACAGUGAGGUUCUUCAGAUAUCAUACUCUCUAGACAUGCUUAAAGUCCCAGCUCAUCAAGUUGCUGGUCAUCAAGCUGGUGAUGGGAAGCUUGGGCCCCUUGUGGAUGAUUCCGGACUAUUCUACAAGCCUCUCCAGAGUGGUGAACGUGGGUCCGCUGAAGUAACCUUCUAUAAAUCAUUCUCCUCCAACACUAGGAUUCCAGAGAACAUUCGCAGGUUCUUCCCUGUUUUCCAUGGCACUCGGGUUCUAGAGGCAUCUGACGGAUCUGGCCUGUGUCCUCACCUUGUUUUGCAAGAUAUUGUCUCAGGUCACCUCAACCCGUCUGUCAUGGACAUUAAGAUGGGUGCUAACACCUGGCCUCCGCAAUCACCCGAGGACUACAUAGCAAAAUGCUUGAAGAAAGAUAGGGAAACUGCAAGCAUCCAAUUGGGUUUCAGGAUAUCAGGGUUCCAAAUUUAUGGAAGCAAAGAGUCAGAAUUCUGGAAACCUGACAAACAGUUUUUCAAGAGUCUUUCUGCACAGGAUGUUAGAUUAGUUCUGAACAAAUAUGUUUCUUCCAAUGCAUCUCCAGAUUUAGGUUUGAACCCAAAUUGUGCUUUCGCGUCAGUUGUUUACGGUGGUUCCACUGGGAUUUUGGCACAGCUGCAGCAGCUGAAAGCUUGGUUUGAGGAUCAAACUAUUUACCAUUUCUAUUCUUGUUCGGUCCUUAUGGUGUAUGGACAGGGGGGCUCCGGUGCAGAAGUCAAACUGGUUGAUUUUGCACACGUUGUGGAUGGUGAAGGGGUUAUUGAUCACAACUUUUUAGGUGGGCUUUGUUCUUUGAUAAAGUUUAUCUCGGACAUACUUACCACUCCUCCAGAUGAGUACUCAACCAAAGCUUGUCUGCAGGACUCUCAGAACAACCAGUCUUUUUGUGAUAAUGGCAUUCAUGAAUAAACAGAGCAUGGUGAGCCUUAUUAACCAUAUACAUUGCUUCCUAGUGUUCUAUACUUUUGUUGUCAGGUGUUUCACAGAAUUUUCUUAUACUCCCAUAAUACUGUGUCCACUAGAUAUGACAAGGAUAAGAAUGGGGGGUAUAUGUCCGACACUUGUAACCAAUUUAGACACUUAGAUUUUCUAAUUUAUAUGAUGUUUGAAGAACAAGAAGCUCACAGUUUCUAGUAAAUAAAUAUUUAUUGUCCCUUAUAUGGAUGGAAGAGAUUUUUAAAUAUAUUUCUAAAUAUU